CUUCGCUCAUCGCCACUAAGAGACGUGCGUUGGAUGUGUCAUUAUCGUUAUUCACGUCACGGUAAUAUUAGAAAGUAUUACCGGGUCCACGUUGUGGAAAAACUGGUCUACAGACUUCAACUUCAUUCCAACGUGCUUCGUAUCGAUACUCACACGCCUAUUUGUGCGUAAUCAUCAUUUAUUCUUGUGUCUCCACAUUGUCACGAUGCACGAAACAAUUCUGAAUCAGUUUCAACGAGACGGGUAUGUUGUACUCGAGGAUUUCCUGAGACCAGCUGAAUGCGACGAGCUGGUAGCGGCGGGAAUCGAGAUAACAAAACAAAUUGAUGAAAACGCUCGCAAAUCGGUUUUCACUACAGUAAAAGACCAGGAAAACAGAGACACGUAUUUCUUAGAAAGUAAUGAUAAAAUAAGGUACUUCUUCGAAAGUGAUGCCCUCGGAGAAAAUGGCGAAUUAAAAGUUGAUCCCAGUCUUUCUCUUAAUAAGGUUGGCCAUGCACUUCAUCUCCUUCACCCAAUCUUCAGAUGCUACACGUAUAGCGAUCGCGUUAAGGCUGUAUGUCAGCAACUAGGCUUCAAGGAACCAGCUGUAGUGCAAAGCAUGUACAUCUAUAAGAACCCUGGUGUGGGAGGAGAAGUAAUACCACAUCAGGACAUAACCUACCUUCAUACGGAGCCGGUGCCACCCUUAGGUUUCUGGAUUGCCUUGCAAGAUGCCACCGUACAGAAUGGUUGCCUUUGGAUAUCACCUGGCUCCCAUAAAUCUGGAAUCCAUCGGCGAUUAUUUAAAAAGCAGAACAAUACGCUUGAGUACGAUAGACCAGCUCCAGUAUACCCACAAUCCAGCUUUACACCAGUAGCUGUCCCUAAAGGUACUUGCAUCUUAUUGCACGGCAAUGUUGUCCAUAAGAGUGCACACAACAAUUCGGACAAGAGUCGACACGCAUACACAUUCCACGUCAUUGAGAAGAAAGAUAACAACUACUCACCUGAAAAUUGGCUGCAGGAAGGCAAAGAAGCUCCAUUUUUAAAUUUGUAUACAACAUCUCAAAUGGCUUAGAAGAAAAAUCGAUAAGUGUUUCUAUUCAGUCAUUUGUAAAUUACAGCUUUUUCAACAAAUAAAGCAAAUAAUAAGAGUACAUUGUUACCAAAACACCUGCUACUUUUAAAAAAACGUUAACUACGACAGCUAUUUAAAAUAAAUAGUAUAUAUUUAGUAGAACAUAUUUUUUUUAAAGAAUGCCUUUGAAUGUUCUAAGGCAUAUUAUUUUUUAUUUACCAAAUAUUAUAUGUACAUUAUUUUCUUGAUAAAGAUGUGAUAUAUCGCUAAUAGCAAUUGCAUUGUGAUAGUUUUAUAAUAAAUAAAAAUAAAAAUAA